CGGCGAGCAGCCGCGGUCCAGCCGGUCCUGCUGUCCAGCACCGCAGUAGAGCCGCUCAUGUUGUUUCAGGUCCCAGCACGGCGACGGGACACUUCGCUUCGACACUACGAGACACAAACUAUGGUGGAAACGAGCGAGUGAGGAACUCGAGAUGAGCCGACACGCAACAGACGUCCAGGAGUCGGUGCAGGAGUGUGCGCCCUCCCCGCCGCUGCCUGCUGAUCAUGUGCUGGACUCAGGAGCUGUGCUGUUCCCUGGUGCUUUUGAUCAACAUGGCUGCCCUUUGAUUGUGUUCCCAGUGGACAGACAAGCCAAACUCUCUUCAGAACUCAGCAAAGCAGAAGUGGUGGACUUCAUAAAUUACUUUCUGUGUCUGCACAAUAAGAAGCAGGAGAAGGAGAGUUUGGUGUCAGUGGUGGCUGAUCUGAGGCAUGCCUCGCUCCCUACUAUCAGGUUCAUCACUGAGACGCUGCUUCUGCUUGAGCUGCACAAGCGGACCGUCCACAGUGUGUAUAUAGUUCAGCCCAAAAAGAAGGAUGCUGUGAAGCUGUUACUGAAACUCCUGCCUCCGUCCAAGUCAAACACUGCCUCUUUAAAGAAAGUCCUUCUGAAAGAAAUCCCCGAGCUCUCCAACUACAUUGACCGAAGCCAGCUAACAGCACCGUUGGGCGGCUAUCUUAUUUACUGUCACCGGAGUUGGGUCGCCUUCAUUAAGGAGAUUGAUGCAUUUGUCAGUGAGUUCCUGUCUGUGGUCCAGCGGCUGCCCACAUGUAUCUCCACCCUACAUGCUCUGUCCAAGCUGCCGCUGCCCUCCACCUUCACCGAGCUCCAACACUUCUGCUGCACCAACGAGGCCAAGUUCCAGCAGCUCAGGAGUGAGUUGGGGCUGGACAAGCUGCUGAGGCAUUGUGAGAAUGUGGUGGACAACCUGCGUUACCCCGAGAAGGAGCCGUGCUACCAGGCGAUGGCUGGCACUGCCCUCUUCAGUCACACUACCUUUGACAUGCUCCAGAACCACAGCAGGAUAACUGCAGCUGUGGAAAAAGUGGAGCUGCUGUGGCAGCAAGCCUUUUCUAAGGCUCGCCUCCAGCUGCAGGUGUUUCAGCUGCGAGAGCAUUCACUGCAGAUCACAGAGCAGAUCAAAACUCUCCUUCAAGAGAAACUCCAGCCUUACAAAAUUGAGAUUGCCAAGGAUGCUGCAAAGGCAGUGAUGUUGGUGUCCGAAUUUAAGGCGUCCAUUCAUACUCCUGCUAUGGCACUUGUCCGCUGUGCUGAAGAUGUGAUCCACACGUUAGCGGAGAUCCUGCCCUUUGAUGGUCAGACCAGGGACCACUGGGUUCUGGAUCUGGAGAGGCUGAAGGAGAAACUUCACUCUGCUGUGCUCUUCAUUCUCCAAACCCUGAGAGCAGUUUCCAACUACCAUAAUUACUACAACAAGGCAAGUUCUCAGCAUUUUGUCUUGUAA